AGGCAGAAUGCCACGAUGGAGGCGGGCGGCGGCCCUCUCCUCCCCGACAGCGUCCUCUACGAGAUCUUCCUCUACCUGGACCACGUAGACGUGCUCUCGGUGGGGCUGGUCUGCCAGCAGUGGCACGCCGUGGCCCGUGACGAGUUCCUGUGGAAGGAGCUCUUCUACCGCUACUACCGCAUCUCCCGGGAGGUGCCCCGGCACCCAGCUGCUGUCUCCUGGUAUGAUGAGUUCCAGAGGCUCUAUGAUACCAUCCCCUGUGUGGAAGUGCAGGCCCUGAAGGAGCACAGUGACCAGGUUUUGCACCUCAGCUUUUCCCAUUCUGGCUGUUUGUUUGCAUCAUGCUCCAAAGACUGCACAGUCAAGAUCUGGAGCAAUGAGCUGGACAUCUCCCUGCAGCACAGCUCCAACAUGAGGCCAUACAACUGGAGCUACACACAGUUCUCCCAGUUCAAUUCUGAUGACUCGCUCCUCCUGGUGUCCGGUGUCUUUGUGGGGCCUCACAACUCCUCCUCAGGAGAGAUUGCUGUAAUCAGCAUGGAGAACUUCACGCUGCUUUCCAGGGUGAGGAAUAAGCCCUACGAUGUGUUUGGCUGCUGGUUGAAUGAAACCAACUUGAUAUCUGGCAAUCUGCACCGGAUUGGGCGUAUAACCUCCUGCUCUGUGCUGUGGCUGAACAACGCUUUCCAGGGGAUAGAAUCCGAGAAUGUGAAUGUAGUGAAGAGACUGUUCAAAAUCCAGAACCUGAACGCCAGCACUAUCCGGACGGUGAUGGUGGCCGACUGCAGCCGCUACGAUUCGCCAGACCUGCUCCUGGACUACGAGGAGCAGCUCGCUGCCUCCACCUCCACCUGCCCCGUCUUUGAUCUCGGCAGUGACAGUGAGGAAGAGGAGGCCAAGCCCAAGCAGGCUCCGGAGCCAGCAGUACAGGAAUUGCUGGAUGACGUGGGUGUGCCAGCAGAGGAUGGGCUGCAGCAGCUCUUUGAUGAUAUCAUGGAGGGCCGGGUGAGGCCUGCCAUGACCGACACUGAGCUCGAGACAAAGGUGGCUGAGCUGUUCGUACGCAACAGAACUAAACCCCCUGAGCUGAACCUGCUCUCCACAGACAGCAACAGCAAGACAAAGUACUUAAUCUUCACCACAGGAUGCCUCACCUACUCCCCACACCAGAUAGGGAUUAAAAGGAUCCUGCCCCACCAGAUGACGACUGCUGGGCCUGUGCUCGGGGAGGAGAGGCGCUCAGAUGAGUUCUUUGACUCACUGGAUCACGUCAUCGACAUCCAUGGGCACAUCAUUGGCAUGGGUCUCUCUCCUGAUCACAGGUACCUGUAUGUGAACAGCCGAGCCUGGCCCCGCGACUGCGUCAUCUCUGACCCCAUGCAGCCUCCCCCCAUCGCUGAGGAGAUUGACCUGCACGUGUUCGACCUGAAGACCAUGAAGGAGGUGAAGAGAGCGCUGCGGGCACACCGGGCCUACACGCCCAAUGAGGAGUGCUUCUUCAUCUUCCUGGAUGUCAGCAGGGACUUCGUAGCAAGCGGGGCAGAGGAUCGCCACGGCUACAUCUGGGACCGGCACUACAACAUCUGCCUGGCCAAGCUGCAGCACGACAACGUGGUCAACUCGGUGGCGUUCAGCCCGGUGGAGCAGGAGCUGCUCCUCACCGCCAGCGAUGACACCACCAUCAAGGUGUGGCGCUCGCCCCGCGCCGUGCGCAGCCGGCAGGCCCGGAGGCCCCGGCCCAGGAAGCUGCUCUUCUCCUGGCUUUUGAACCAGAAAAGCUGAACCUGGGUCCCCCUGCGCCUGCAGCUUCUCACUGAAGCCACCUCCUCUGGAGCCUGCAGAGCCCAAGGCCCUGCGCAAGAGACGAGCUCUGGGCACUGAAUCCCAUCCACUGAGUCAGGAGGGGCUCCGGUAGUGGGAAUUGCUUCCUCCAUGGAGCACCUGCUCCAGAGACAGAAUGUAAGAGCCAAGGGCCUGCUCCUGUACACCACAGGCACAGCCUGAGCUGGUCACUGCUGGGUGGGCCCCCCACAGCUUCUCACAAACGCUGCUAUUUGGUCACAGCUCGCUCUGGGUGAGCUCUGGUCUCCAAGAACAGACUGAGGUGCGUCCCCAGCGCUGGUACUGCUGAGCCUGGGACGGGGCUGACCUUGUGAGAGCUGCCCCUGCAGAGCACUUGGCAGAGCCCAGCGCAGCGCUGCUCCACUGCAGGACUCUGUUAACAUAGUUUUGUUCAUGGUUUUGUCCCAGAUCCCUGCAGGCAGUUGGGCUGGCUGCUGGGCAAGGCCAGCACCUGCUGCCUGAGGGCUUCUUUGCCCUGGAGAGCAGCAGGGCUGGGGGGCAGCCAGGUCCAGUUGAUGCCUUCUGUUGGCAACAGUGU